GUCACUUAAAUUAUUAGGGGCGGCAGAGUAAGGAGGGGAAAGGGCGGGAGGAUUAAAGGGACAACCCAGGGUGCCUGUUCCUUUGGAAGGAGAUGUCAGGAUUUAAAUCACGGAGUUGAGAGCCACAGAACACACCCUGCGUCCUUAACCCAGAGUGUGUGCAAGUCUGAUCACUGCCGGCGGAGGAUCCGUGUAGGGGAAUUCCACCGCUUCUGCCUGUUCCAGUGUGUCUCCGACUCGGAGCUCAGGACACAGGGACAGAGUUCCCAAGCAGCUCGCAGACAACUUCUCUCCUUCUCUGCACUCUCCGGGACAGGAGGUGCCACCUUUGAGCUCUGAUGCCAGUUCUGAAAAGUAACUUGACCCGGCUGAGCCCCACAAAGCUAAAUGGGGGGACGGUGAAGCUGCAGAAGGAGAUAAUACUGGGCAGCAGGAUGAGUGGUGGAAGCAAUCCUUUCGAGGAAGACCUGAGCAACGAGUUGAAUCCCUUUGCAGAAGACUUGGAGCAGAAGAAUCCCUUCGAUGAGGAGGAGGAAGAAGGGGAGCAGGCAGAAAGUCCCAACGGGAUCCUGGUCUCGGGCAAUGAGCUCACGCCAAAGAAAAGCGAUGAGAAGCAGGAGUCGCUGACGUCGACCCUGCGGAGGAUGUUGGUGAAGGAAAGGAAGAAGGUGAAGUCUCCGACGGAGGAGAAGGGCAGAGAGAAGAAGUCUCUCUUCAAGCUCUGGUCUCCGACAGAGCAGGACCCGGCCCAGAAGAGUCCCGAGAAGAGGAAGGGCCCGUGGUUGGAGGAGGAGCCGACGUCACCUGCUGGCAGGCCGGAGAAGGAGGCGCUGGCCAAUCCAGAGUGCAGGAAGCGGCUCUCCUUCCUGAACCGAAGCAAGGGGAAGGGGGAAGCUGUGCCGGAGAAGUCGGGAGCUGAGGCAGAGAAAGCAGCCGAGGAGACUGUCAAAGCAAACGAACCUCUCUCAGUCCUUGAGAUUCUCCAGUUAAUCCAGAAGCGGGAACUGGCGGUAGCAGACAGGCAAAUCAUCGAGCUGGAGGAAGAGUGCGAGCGGGUAAGGCGGCAAACUCCGGAGGGCGACCCCGGCGCCAGCAAGGACAGCGGGAGGAAGGCCAAGGAUGUGGCCCUGCUCUACGAGGCACUGGAGAGCGAGCUGAGCAGGAUCGUCAGCCAGUCGCUGACCGACCCCCAGGGCGCCCCACACCUGGGCCAAAUGGUGCGCACUAUCGAGCAGGAAGAGAAGGCUGACAAGGCCCGGGAAGGAGGUUCGCAGGGAAGAAGGCCCAGGGAGCUGAGGAGGAAGUGGAGGGAGGCGGUGAAGGCCUCGGUGCGCGAGAGGUUGUCGCGGAGCCAGGAGACGGAGAAUGCCCCAAUCGCCCAGCGCUUGAGGAGCCUCAAAGAGCAGACCGUGACCGACCUGAUUUCGAUCAGAAAGAACGUUAUUCCGGGUUAUCCGAAGGAAUACGAGGCUUUCAAUGUCUAUGUGAGGAGCUACCAUGAGGGAGUGUCAUCCUGCCUGUCCGAGAUGGUGCAGAGGGAUCUGGAUAUACAAGAGCUCUACAUCUUCCUCGAAUGGUGUCACUGCCUUUAUUUUAGGGAAGUGUUGGGCCAUGCAGAACUCAUUGCCCACAUCAGUAAACAACAUCUGGGACCACUGUUACCCGGGGACACAGUUCGGAGGCUGGAAGAUAGCUGCGUUUCCAUGGUGAAGGCCCAGAUUACAAAACACAUGGAGAAGGAACUGUGUGCAGAGCAGAAGAAGUGGCGACAGGGGACCAAAACGUUUCAGUCAGAGCUGGCAAACAGGGUCAUUCAGAUUCUUAAAGAACACAUUGAGAAGUCGACGGCGAUCACAGAGGAUCUCGGGGUUCGGAUCGUUCAGUGCAGCCUCCACAGCCUGGCUGACUUCCUGCAGAGUUUCCAAACGAGUGUACAGGAGCUUUAUGGUCAAUUUGCUGAAAAUGCAGCUUGCAUGGAAUACGUGGUUCCUCAGACGAUUGCUGUGGUGAACUGCUGUCCUGCCUUCAGAGACUACGUCGAACGGCUGAUCCAAAAAUUCUCCCCAGAGGACAAAGAGUGGAAGAGGAAAAUUAUGGGCGCACUGGACAAGGUUGAGAGAGGAGGCAUCAGGCUCUUGCAGGAGAAACUCUUCAGUGAACUGAAGCCAAACUUUGCAAAGCUGUUGAAGAAGAGAUGGCUUCAAAACCCGGAAAGCUUUGAAGGUAUCGUUACCACUGUCCGAGAGCAUUUCAACCAGUUCCACAAAAUGAAAACUCCACCUUACCAGACCCUGGUCAAUGACGUUCACCUGAGGGUGGUCACUGAGUACCUGAGGGCACUGGUGCAGAGGAGGUUCACCUGCACCUCCAGCGAGGUUCGGGCUAAGCUGGCGCUGCGGCUGAGCGAGGAGUCCGGCCGGCUGCAGGAGCUCUUCCACGGGCUGGAUUCCACAAUGUCCUGGCUGGACCCUGCCAUUGACCACCUGGCCGAGGUCAUCAAGCUGAAGGAAAUCUCCUCCAUCCAGAUGGAAGUCGGGGUCUUGGUGAGCAGUUAUCCCGAUGUUCGUAGGGGCCACAUCUCCGCAGUGCUGGACAUGAGAGGAGACUUGAGUCAUUCCAACCAGCAGUUGAUCCUGGAGUCUCUGCAGGAACUCGACAGCCAGGAUGGCGGGACCGCCCUUCCCCGCGACCGGGCGCUCUUCAGCGAGAUCGACGAGGCGGCAGACGUACGUUGCGUCGGCCUCGGUGGGAGCUCCGCCCCCGGCUGCCUGAUCCGGUGGUUGUACGCCAUCCGCGGCAGGUGACCUGCGGAGGGGGUGGGGGUGAGGGAAGGGGAGAAGGCGGAGGGAAAGGCUGUGGUGGUCACCAGGAGCCAAAGUCAAUGGAUCACAAGGUACUUCAUGAGACGGAGAGGGCUUCAAAAGCUCCUGAAGUUGGGACUUAAGGAGUAACACACAUGAAGUCCAGUCUCCAGCAUCUGCAGAUUCUUUUUGUCUCUGUCUUGCUGGGCUUUAAGAUGCUGGAUUUUCAGACACUGCCCCUCCUGCCCUUUCACUUCAGUUCCUGCCCACGUCUCCAGGAACGGGGCGUGUUAUUUGGUGCGCCACACAUUUGGGGAAACUUGACUAGCUCAUCAUAAAAAAAAACCUGUAAAAGCCAUUGACUGAGAGUGAGCAGAGCAGUCGUACUCAGUCUCAGUACCUGUGUCAAUAGCAGGUACCUUCCCAGUACUGGAUUCGUGCCCCAAAGCAUCUCUUGGAGGGACUAACACAAACCUACCUUCUUUCUCCGUUGCUUGUUGUGAGUGGGGUAACGUCAUUUUGAUUGUUCUACAUCUGGAUGGAAGGUCCCAGUCAUUACAGGCUCCAUUACUCAAGUAAAACCACGCACAGGAAGAUUUCCAAGCUGAAAAGAAAUUGGCUCCUAUGUAAUAAGAAUCAAACCACAGAGAAUUCUAGUGCAAAGCAGGGAGAGGUGGUAUUCCACGGACAGAGGAAGCCCAGCCUAUACGUUCCUGUAAGAUUGGGAGUCGGAUUACAAUAUAGGUCUCCUGGCUGUCUCCUUCCACUUGGGACUCACACAAGACCCCUGCUUCAAGAACCAGGCACCCUGCAAACCCCAAAGAUCAAGACUUAUGAGAAACCAAAUCGGACCCACGAAAGGAAUAACAGGGUCGACCAAACAUUGGUCCCAAAGCUGGAGUGUGAAGAAAAUUCAGGGAAAACUCUUGUAACUUUCAACCACAAUUAUUGAGACUGUAUAAAUCCAUAAUGCAAAAAUCAUAUGAUAUUGGGAACUAAAUAAAGCUCUUUCUGAAUGU